AUGACGAUCACAUGCGUUCUCCCUCAGCGAACGUUUGAUACUCCCAACUUACGGCAAAAAAAGUGUCCUGCACCAAACAAAACCAGUGUCCUCAUCGAUAUCUUAUGCGCUUUGGGCAGCCACCUACUUCAUUGCAAUGCCUUGCAUUGGGUGAUUCCCGGCUGGUCCUGUGCGGCCGAGGGAAAAGACCGUCUUCCUCAUCGCCAUCGACCUUACCCGCGGCAAGCCUACGACGAUCUUCCCACAAGAUAUUUGAAGAAGACUCUCGAAGCACAAAGGGCCGCCAACCGUGAGAGACUGAUCCGCAAGGUCUACAAUGAUCCGCCUGGCCUAAAUAUUCACCGUCCGUUGAUCCCCGAAGAGCAGAUAGACCAGCUUCAUAAUGCGCUUGAAGCUCCCGCAGAAGCCACACCCUCCAAGACAUCCCUAUCAAGGCGGUCGUCAACAAAAGAACCAACCCAGGAACGACUCAUAGGCCCGUCUGUUCGAAUUCCGUGGGUUGUAAAGGGAGAUGGUUCCACAAACCGCCCCUGGCUUGACUUUCUUCGAACCGGUGGUGAAUUGAGAGACGCCAGUUCAGUCCUAGGAAGCGAGAUUUCAGCCCUUGCCGAAUUCCUCAGGCCUUCAACUACAGAGCGAUUGGUCGUGAAGGGCAUACUUGAUGAUAUAUCAAAGCAGCUUCUUGGUGCGGUGCCGAGCCCGCCACAGCUUGUAGGCUCAUGGUCCACGCAAACCGCAUCUAGCACAUCAACUAUUGACCUUAUGAUCCUCGUGCCUGGUGUUGAUGCGCCGCAUCAUAAGUCAACACCAAUGAAUCCCCGUACCAUCAAAAUGUUUACCGGCAUCAUAGAAAGGGCUGAGCUUGAAAUGAAGAACAGCACAGAUUUUGAUGGAUGUCAUGUUAUUUAUGAAAAAAGUCCAGCACUUGUGAUGCCCCACAAAGCUUCAGGUUUAUCAAUCAGGCUAUUUUGCGGGAGUUAUCUGCCCAAGUCCGAUGGUUUCAUGAGGGAUUCUCUUGCCAAUUUUCCGUCUUUGCAACCAUUAUACAUGGUUCUUAGGGUCCUUCUUGAAAGCAGGAAUAUCUUUGGAUGGGAAGCGGCCUCGGUAGACUCAUACGGUUUAUUUCUGCUCAUCACGGCCUUUUUGAAGCAGCAGAAGAGUCCGACGGAAUACGCACAGAAAAGUUUGGGCGAGCAACUCCUCUCAAUUCUUAAUACAUAUGGCUCUGCAAUCGACCUAAGCACAACGGGUAUCUCAGUCGACCCAGCUGGGUUUUUUAGCAUCUCCAACAUCCGCGAAUCCGGAAAUUUUCGUAUUGAGCAUGGUGACAACAACAACAAAAACAACGGCAGCAACGGAAAGAUAUAUCCCGCAUAUCUGGUCGGACAACGCGCGCUGAUGCGAUACAAAAUCAACGCUGGCAAUAAAGGCAACCAACCCGCCGCGAAGCAUCUAUGUAUCCAAGACCCAACAAACCACCUGAACGACGCUGGCCUGCGCUGUCUUCGCACCGCAGAGUUGCAAAAGACGCUAUCACAACUACAUCGUGACCUGCAGUCGGCUCUGCAGAGGUGGGAUGACGGUGAUCGAGGCAUUGAUAGCUACAGUAUUCUCGGUCAGAUAUUGUCACAUGCCAGCUUUGAUAAUUUGCUUCGGAGAAGAAAGAUGCUGAGCGAAUGA